AUGAAGUUUGGAUUAAACGUAAAAGCUAAAAAGCCAAGGCCAAGAUUUACGCCAAAAAACACAUUUGCCCAAGACGAGAGCGAUGACAGUGGAGACAACGACGAUCAACAACAGCAAGCCUCUAAAUCCGGCAAAAGCAGUAGUAGUACCAGUAAAGACAAGAAUAAGCACCGCAGCAACGUCAAUCAACAACUUUCCAAAGUCAACACAGCCAGUAAAAAGAUCGCUGAAGAACAUGCCAAAGCAUUGCAAGAAGACGCCAAUAUUUUUGAUUAUGACGCCGUAUACGAUGAUUUGAAACAAGCCGAACAAAUUAAAAAAGAGGCCUUGAAGGGACCAGAAACAAAAAAGCCAAAAUAUAUCCAAGGGCUAUUAGAAAUGGCAGAAGUUCGGAAAAAGGAUCGAUUAUUGGCGGAGGAGAAAAAGGUUGCUCGUGAACGUGAGGCAGAAGGUGAUGAGUUUGCCGACAAGGAGGUCAUUGUGACUGAAACUUUUAAGAAGCAUAAGGAAGAAAUGGAACGAAUUGAAGCCGAAGAACGUAAACGAGAAGACGAGGCAAACAAGGGCAAGAAGAUGGCAUCCUUUUACAAACAAAUUUUAGAUAAAAAGGACAAAGAGCGCGAAGCAAUAAUGCGACACUUGAAGCAAAAGAAGGAGCAAGAGGCGAGUGGAAAGGAACAAAGAGACAAACAAGAUGAAAAAGAAGCGUUGGAUGUCGAUCUAGCGAAACAAGCUGAAAGCGAAGGAAAGCAAGUCAUGCUCAACGAUAAUAACGAAAUUGUGGAUCGACGGCAGCUGCUUGGUGCUGGAUUGAACGUACGACCCAAGUUUGGCUCAUUCGGCUCAUUGGCCGACGAGAGCGCCCAAGAACGACAGAAAGAAUAUGAUGAAUACAAGCGCAAGAAGGUUGAGGAAUACGAGGCACGACGAAAGGGUGGUGGUAAUGCAGAAGAACGAGAACGAUAUAGCCAAGAAAUCGAAAAGCAGAUGAUGGAGACACGUCAAAAGGAGCGUGAGGCUGAAGAAGAACGACAGCGGGAAUUGGAACAGAAGGCUGCUACUAAACGUACUACGGAUGAGGCAGCAAUGAGUGCUAGAGAACGUUAUCUAGCUAGAAAAAAGCAAAAGUUGCAAGAAACAUCUUCAUGA